GGGUAUAGUUAUAGUCUCAAGAGAGUCGUAAAGUCGUUAAAACUCGUCUCGUCGGCGAAGAGUACAGUGGUGGUGGUGGUGCAGUCUCCAACACUCUAUAGCUUUUCUUUCUCUCUCUCUUCAUACGUGCAGCCUCUCUAGUCUCUACCUUCUCUUGUUCGCCGUAGACCGGCAGAACACUCCUGCACAGCCCCGGAAGUGCUUGGUUGAUGAGGAGAAGGCAUACCUAAUACUUAACCUCGCACAAUACUGCUAGGCUGCACCCUAAAGAAAAGAAGAAAAGGACUCCGAAGGGAGGGUCAGCAGCUGAGCUGCGUGGAGCGCUCGUGGCAAUGUAUCCGUAAAUAGUAUCAGCAUCAGGGUAGAGGCGUAGACAAACGACUACAUCUGCGUCCGACCACAACUUUCAUCGUCGUCGUCGACUGGAGCAAAAGAGUUAGACAGGGUGGUCAGUGUUUGUAUGUGUUUGUGCGCGCGCGCGCGUGUGUGUGCGCGCACGAUUCUGUGUAAGAGAGUGUCGCACCGUGAGCCGUGAGUGGGAAAGGAAAUGGCUUGCCUGAACACCCUCAAGCAAGAAAUCAAAACCCUCGAAUCCGUCUUUCCCAAGAGCCAUGAGCGCUUCCAGAUAAUGUCGGCGAGCGUCGACGAGCUCAGCUGCAGGUUCGUCGGCAAGAAUGGCAAGAAAUACGAAAUACAUGCCAAUAUAACAGAAACUUAUCCUUCAACACCACCAGUAUGGUUUGCAGAGUCAGAAGAAACAAGUGUUACAAACGCAGUUCAAAUAUUAAGUAAUACUACUGGUCUAGAUAACCACGUAAUAAAUCAAGUAGGAAUUCUUUUGAAAGAACUAUGUCGCCUGCAUUCCUUACCUGAACCACCAGAUGUGGACCGCCUUAGAACAGCCUUUGAUCCAGUACGAUUAAAUGCUUCGGCUAAUGCUGUUGCUCAGAGAAUGGAAUCAGAUGAUGCUGAUGAUCUUGAUGAAGAUGAUGAAAGUGAAGCUGAAGAAGAUCUUCAUCUAGAAAUGGAUGAAGGUGAUGCAAGCGCUAAAAAUAAGAGUGAUGAAAUGGCUUUAGAACAUCUUGCCACAUUAGAAAGGUUGAGACAAAAUCAAAGACAAGAUUAUUUGAAAGGUUCAGUCUCUGGAAGUGUACAGGCUACUGAUAGACUUAUGAAAGAACUUCGUGACAUAUAUAGGAGUGAUAGCUUUAAAAAAGGAAUAUACAGCAUAGAACUGGUUAAUGAUAGUCUGUAUGAAUGGAACGUUAGGCUAAAAUGUGUGGAUCCUGAUUCUCCUCUACACAACGAUUUAGUACUUUUAAAAGAAAAAGAAGGCAAAGACAGUAUACUUUUGAACAUGUUGUUCAAAGAAACAUACCCGUUUGAGCCACCUUUUGUGCGAGUAGUUUAUCCCAUGAUAUCUGGUGGUUACGUGUUAAUUGGUGGAGCCAUAUGUAUGGAAUUAUUAACUAAGCAGGGUUGGAGUUCGGCCUAUACGGUAGAAGCAGUGAUAAUGCAGAUUUCUGCGACUUUGGUCAAGGGAAAGGCCCGUAUACAAUUUCAACCAACUGGUGGUAGUAGCAAAGUCUGCACUGGACAAGGGCAAUACAGUCUUGCUAGAGCGCAACAAUCAUUCAAGUCGCUUGUUCAGAUUCAUGAAAAGAAUGGAUGGUUCACUCCUCCUAAAGAAGAUGGUUAGAUAAAUGAGAGUGCAAGGGAUCGACAAUAUUAACGCGUGCUUACAUAUAAGACUUUCAUUCGGUAAUGUGCCGAGUAAGUAAUAGUUACGAUAAAUAAUUUGAUACACACAAACACAACAUUAAUUAGGUAACUUAAAACAUAAGAUUUGUAUGUAAAAUUCCUUGAUUAUGAAAGAGUUUUCGCGCAAAACAAGUGAUGUAUUGGAUUUUGUUCAUUCAUGUUUACUCAGUUUUCCUGAGAUAAAUAAUAGUACAGCGGCUAAGUAGAGUUCGUGCUAGAGGUCUCCGUUAGGUUAAAAGUUUUACGUUAAUUAAAACUUUAUUAUUUGUUUUUUAGUUCUAUUCUAAUGUGCCCUGUCGUUAUUCAUUAAUAGUGAAAGUAGUAUUUGAACAUUCAAUUGAUUUAAUGAACAUGUAAAAAGUAUGAAAAAACAAAACAUUAUAUAUAUGUAUGCUAAUGUGCUUCCUUUUUCACAAAAAUAUACAAUUUUUUAUUUUAAUUGAAUAUUUUUAUCUUUAUUUUAUUUCAAAAUUUUAGCAUGUAACUACUAUAUAAACCAAAACCUUGAUGCCGUAUUAAAACAUUUUUGUAGCUAAAAGGCAAAUAAUUUUAUUAAAUUACUUUCAAUACACCGUUACAUCAUGUCUCUUAUUUUCGCAAAUUUAAAUAUUACCGUGAUGUAUCAAAAUUAAUGAUUCAAUUUCAAUUAUAUCUUUACACAUGUAUUCUUCUGAUACAACUUUUGACAUGGAUAGAUGUUAUUGCUUUUUGUUGUUGCAAAUGUAUAUUUGACAAAAUAUCACAAAGUAAACUCUUUAAGGUAUUUUCAAAAUUGCUAAAAUUUUUAUUUUAAAUUAAGAGUUGAAAAAAAAAAUUUUGAAUUUUUUUUCAUCACACGAAAAUUCGUACAUCAAUACUUUCUUUGCAAGAUUAAAUGCUUUUCGGACAAUUCACCCGUUUUAAUGGUUAUUAAAAAUGAAGUUAUAAAAAUUGAUUUUUAAAAAAAUUCUUUUAUAUUGUUCAUGACUACGUGAACCUUGUUGUACAGUUAUUAUCUGUUUUUUAAACAGAUGAUGUUAUUUCUUUCAAAACAGCACAAUUUUAGUAUUACGCGAUUCAUUUGAUCACCACAAUUUUGCAUCGACGUGAUUAAAAAAAAAACAUUAACGUCUAAUGUACAGCAUAGUGCAAUAUUAUAUUUAUACAUAGCCCUAACCAUACCUAGUUUGUAGAUAAAAAGUCCAACUUCUAAUCUCCUCAUUUGCACUUUUUCGGUCUGUUACAAUUGAAAAAUUUGAAAAAAAAUUUUUUUUAAAUAAAAAUUGGCUUGUUACUGUGAAUAAUUACCGUAAAAAUUAAAAAACGAAUUCCAAUGUCAAUAUAGAUGUAGUCAGUAAGAGUUUAUGUAUGUGGAUAGAGCCAUCUUGCAUCAUUUAUCUAAUAAACCAAGCAUGCCGGAUCGUGAAAAAAGGUUUUAUAGAUUUUUUGUGCAUUAAGUAAUUUUACCUUUAAUACACAUUUUUCUAUUGUAAUAAAUCACGAUAUCUUGGAAAUAUAAAUUAUAAGAUUACUGUAUUGUUGAAUCCAUAAUAUUUUAUUAUCCAACUCGUAAAAAUCGAAAAUAAAAGUUAAUGUCUCAUUUAAUUUUAUG